AUGUUUAUAUCUUCCACUCGUCGCAUCAAAAGUUGUCUGUUUUUCACGUGUUUAUUCCUUUCAAUUUUUUUGGCAUACAAGAUAUUUUAUUCUCACUUCCGUGUGCUUCAGGAACAAGUUAUAAGCGCGAGUGAACCAAGUGGGCAAAACAUGAAAGAAAACCAAAAGGAAAAAAGAGAUUUGGAAUAUCUUAACAGGAGCGUUACUUAUACCAUUCUUUACUAUAACCAACCCGCGGAAUGGAAGAGUGGGAACGACGUCGUGAAUUUCAAGAAGUGUCCUUACACGGAUUGUUCAGUGACGACCGAGAGGUCCCGGAUGAUGGAUUGCGAAGCUGUCAUCUUCCAGCAUAAAUCUCUGCCUGUAGCACCGCCGAUAAAAAACCCUAAACAGGUCUGGAUAUUUACGUCAUCGGAAAGUCCAUAUUACACAAGGCGGCCGGUGCUAAUGCCUAAAUGGAGACACGUGUUCGAUUGGUCCAUGUCUUACAGGAGAGAUUCAGACGUGUUCCUUGGAUAUGUUCUAAUUAUUCCCCGGAAAACUCCCCUGGUACGAGAUUAUGAUUUAGUGUUUUCUGAGAAAAAGGGAGAAGUGGCUUGGAUCGUAAGUAACUGUAGAACACAAAGUAAGAGAGAAAAGUAUGUGGAAGAGUUAAAGAAACAUAUCAAGGUGGAUAUAUUUGGGAAAUGCGGUGAAGCUUGUGAGCCAUACAGAUUUCCUGGAAACGACUCCUGUCAUAAGAGGAUAUCACGUGACUAUAAGUUCUAUCUUUCGUUUGAAAACUCGUUGUGUGUUGACUACACUUCAGAGAAAUUGUAUUACAUUUAUGAGUUGGAUUUUCCUAUCUUACCUGUUGUUAGAGGGGCCCUCGCGGGUAAAACUUAUAUUCCUAACGGGACUUACAUCGAUACUCUUGAUUUCAAGACACCAAAAGACUUGGCCAAAAUCCUCAAGGAAAUCGGAAAUAAUAAAUCAAAAUAUGCUAAGAUGCUGAGAGCGAAAGAUGCAUAUACUUCCGAACCAUACUCACGAACCUAUGAGGACGCCCUAUGCAAUCUGUGUCAACUGUUGCAUCGCGGUAAUCCUAACCGCCCGCCCUUGAAUGUCUCGCAGUGGUUCCUUGUCGACUCUUGUCGUGAACCGUUUGACUUGGGUUAAAGAAAUAUUCUGGUGGUCACGGCAGAUUUUAGUGAACUUGAUCAUGAAUUGAAUAUUGAAUGUUAACCUACGACAUUUCUUUAUUGAAAGAUGUAUGAUGAUGGUUGGAGAAGAUGGUGGUCAUUUUUAUUUCUUUCCUUUUAUUGACAUAUGACUUACAAUGAAUAGUUUUGCUUUUGUUAAAGAGACUUAGACACGAUUUUAAAUCAAAAUUAGUUUAUUUUGUAUUAGUUAUGUAUAAAGUAGUUCACUUGCUCAUUUUAAAAAACUGACCAAAAUUUGAAUGUUAGAAGUCAAGUAAUAAGAAAGAUACAGAAAUAAGAAUUCAUUUUUAUGUAAACAAAGCUCGAGUCUUAGUUUGUUUACAAAUAAUGUAAAUUGUCUUGAAUUACUAUUUUUUUUACAAAAUGCAAGACAUGGCAAACAGGGUAAACUAAUUCAAUAUGUUCAUAAAUGAUCUUAUCAUCGGAAAAAAGCAACAUUUGAUUGAAACUUAUACAAUAAAACACUUAUAUAAACAAUAACAAGGAUCGAGCUUUGUUUACAAAACAAAGAAUUUUAAACUCUUUAUCUUGGCUAUGAUUUAGUAUUUGACUUAAUUUCAAAUUUUGACAAAGCAUUAAAAAUAUACAUAUUAACUAUUCUAUACAUGAAAUUAAAAUGGAAAAUACAUUUUAAAAUUUGAGCUAAAAUCGUGUAUAAGUCCCUUUAAAUUGAGUUUCAAAUUUUACGAGAUUAAAGUUGCAUGCAUCUAUAUGCAUGCAGACCAAAAUAUGUGAAAAGAGAAACGUUUAAUUUCAAAAUUAAUGAC